AAAUAGAAAAGUAAAAAUCAAAUCCCGCAGAUAUUUGCCGAGGAAAGAGAAGCCAAGCGAAGCUCAUUUUCUUUCUCUGGCAGCUUAGACAUAGCACAAUCACAAGCUCCACUCUAGGGUUUCGCUCUUUACUUUCUCUUCACCACUAACUCGAUUCUUUUUUAGGCGUUCACCCAUAGAAUUAACUGGAUUACGAAAAUGACAAAAUUCAGGAAGCUGGGUCGACCCACCGGUCACCGGAUGUCCAUGCUCAGAACCAUGGUUUCGCAGUUGGUGAAACACGAGCGUAUCGAAACUACUGUGGCCAAGGCCAAAGAGAUCAGACGACUCGCCGAUAAUAUGGUUCAGCUUGGAAAGGAGGGAUCCCAAUGUGCUGCAAGUCGUGCUGCUAGUUUUGUGCGAGGAGAUGAUGUCCUUCACAAGCUGUUUACAGAACUGGCUUAUCGGUACAAGGAUAGAGCUGGAGGAUACACCAGAUUGCUUCGGACCCGAAUUCGAGUGGGUGAUGCUGCACCAAUGGCCUAUAUUGAGUUUAUUGACAGAGAAAAUGAGCUUAGGCAGGCAAAGCCACCAACUCCUCAGCCGCCACAGAGAGCACCCCUAGACCCCUGGACACGUUCUCGUCUCAGUAGACAAUUUGCUCCUCCUAAAGAGGAAAAAUCUGGAUCUGAUUUGUGAUUCUAUCGAUAGUAAUGCGGAUAAGCCGAUACUAUGUUUUUCCCAA